AUGGCCUUACGCUGCUCAGACCCUGUGUACAACUCUGCAGAGCCGAAGAUUAUUCGUCCAUACUGUGAUGAUGCUCUCUGCUUCAAUACUUCGACUGCUGGUGAGCAAUCGCCGAGCUUUUCGGUUUCAGACACUAAAGCUACAUUUCGGAUUGUGAUCUUUGUUGCCCUAGGCAGCGUAACUUAUGGCUACUGUGCCAGCAUCAUAGCGACCACCCUUGGACAGCCAUCCUUCAUAACCUACUUUGAACUAGACAGACGAUCGAAUGCCAGCGAUUUGAUUGGAGCCACCAAUGGACUCUUUCAGGUUGGCGGUCUCCUUGGGACGUUAUCUUGUAUGAAAUCGGCCGACUGGCUGGGUUGCCGAAAAGCGCUGUUUGCAGCGAGCAUUGUCACUACGAUCGGGGGAGCACUGCAGGCAGGCAGCGUGCAUAUUGGCAUGUACAUCGUUGCCCGCUUGAUAACAGGAAUAGGUAUCGGGGCUCUCGUCACUCUAGUACCUCUCUAUCAAAGUGAGGUAGCACCGCCGAAAAUUCGUAGCUUGCUGGUUGGCAUACAUGGAGUGAUGAUCUGCGUCGGUUACACUUCCGCAAGCUGGGUGGGUGUUGGCUUCUACUUUGUCCAGGCCGGCGGGGCUCAAUGGCGUCUUCCUCUCGCGAUCCAGGCGAUUUGGCCUACUUUACUUGCUAUGGGAGUCAUGUUCCUACCAGAGUCACCACGAUGGCUGCUUGAUCGCGACUGCUUCGAUGAAGCAUACUUGUCCUUCAAAAGGGUACGAGCUGAGACCUCGGAUAGCUUCUUAAAUGACGAAGACGCCAUCCGUGCCGAUUUUGCUGUGCUGCACUCCCAUAUUUUGCAUGAGAAGCAACAACGGCUAUCAACCUGGGAUUUGUUCAGGUUGCCAGAAUAUCGCCAACGGCUGGGCAUCGGUUUCAUAAUGAUGGUAGGAGCCCAGACCACUGGAACGCAGAUUAUCAACAACUAUGGUCCUUUAUUGUAUGCAAAUCUCGGCUUCGACACGGUUCGGCAGCUUAUCAUCCAAGCUGGCUGGAUUUCCGUCUCUCCUUUUGGCAAUUGGCUCAAUGCUCUGACUAUGGACAGAGUUGGCCGCGUGAAAAUGCUAAUAAUUGAGCACGGCGGGCGAGGCGCUGCCAGCGCCGCAGUCUUCUUUCUAUUCUUACAUGUAGCACUCUACGCCAGUACCAUCGAUGCUACCUCGUACAUCUAUGCUUCCGAAAUAUUUCCGACGCCAGUCAGAGCCAAGGGACUGUCACUAUCCAUAUCUGGAUUGUUCCUUUCGGCUUUAGCAUUGCUGCAGGGUGCUCCCACGGGCUUUGCGAAUAUUGGAUGGAAAUAUUACCUGGUGUGCAUUGUUGCUACGUCGGCUGUCAUCUUUGUGAUCUGGUGGAAGUUCCCCGAGACCAAGAUGAUGUCACUAGAAGACAUUGGAGCCCUCUUCACGAACUCAGCGGAGCCGGUGGGUGAGAAAGAAAGUACCAAAGUGAGACGCAACUCUUUGAAUGAGGACAUGGAGAAGGACAUAAAAAUGCGUCGCCAGGAGGAUUGUGAAAAAGGGGGAGGGGGAAGCCAUUGGGAAGCUGCAUGCUUGAUUGGUGAUUGA